UCUCGCAUGCUUGGGCGAGCUCCUACCAAACAACCAACCAGACCUAAACAAAAUCCCAACCGUAAUAGCAUUAAAGAAGACAGAUCAUGGGCCACCAAGCGCUGGUUCAUUACGAAACUCAAACAAUUACUUUCUAAUGAAAAUGUGGCUGGACACAGCUUUCGAGCAGGAGAAACUACGGAGCUUGUCACACAUGAUACAUCUGCAGCCACCCUGCAACGAUCGCAACAAUUCUCACCAAAGUAUACACCGACUGACCCUGGUCACAACCUUGGAACAACUUGGGCCUA